UAAAGCGAUACAGUAAAAGGUUCGCAGUCUUGGUGUGAAACGUCCCAUCGCGAAGUAUUUCAGUUGCCAAGAGUGGAACUGUAACGCAACAAUGAAAGCUCGACGACUGCAAGGAGUAAUUGUCGGAAAGCUGGUGAUAUUCGAAGUGAAAAUGACAGAAAAUGAAGGACCGCGAAAACAGGCCCAGGCACUCGAUUAUCCAAAGGGAGGAAAAAUAUCCAGGACAUCCAAGCAAACUAAUAAUGAUAUGCAGAAAUACAGGAGGCGCCCAACUGAUCUCAGAUUUGGAUUUUAUUUACUUGUGACAACCACGUCUUUCUCAUGAAGACGAACGUUUGUAUAGGUUUCAAAUGACGUAGUGAUCCAUAAGUGGCAGUGACAUGGGAGUGGCGUCUGUUGCAUUUUGUCGCCGCCUCCUUGGUUCAGUUCUUGCAUUCUCCGGCCGCACUUUGCAGGGUCGACGUGCUUCCUGAUGUUUUCAUCCAUUAAUCGGGAGUUACCCAGACCAGCGCGUCGUUGGAAGACGUGAGAGGAAAAGAGGCACAAAUUAAGCCUUUGCAGUUUAAAACCCAUCAGUGCCACAUCUCAGAAUGCAUCUGGAUCAGUUUUUAUUUUUGGCAUCAGCACUAUAUCCAUGUGUGACUUUAUGGAUCUUUUUGAGUGAUUUGCAGAAGAACAUAAUCUGGAAGAGUUUUUUUAUCAUCUACUUUUUGAUCAACUCUGCAUUUUGUGAUGACUUUAAAUUGAAUUGUCCACCGAAAGUAGUGGCCAUUGCUGGCAGUGACCUCACAAUCAACUGCACAGGCAGUGGGGCCCAUGGCAAUUUUCUUUAUGCUUGUUGGGCUCGCAAGGGCGUAGUUGUAGCAGAAUAUCCCAGAAAAUCUAGGAAUCCUGUAAUCAUCUUGGACGAGAGUCGCAUUAAAGAAGAUGACUUUUCCCUGCCAUUUCACUUGGUGAAGGUGUCUGACAGUGGCAAUUACACCUGUACUGUGACAUUCGGAGAGAUUUUUCGUGAGAAGAACGUUACCGUAAUUGUAGCAGUUCCGCAUGAAGAGAUAAAACAAGAACACUCAAAACCUACAGCAUUUAACAAUGUCACAGUUAGUACAGGUUAUCGACAAGAUACUAAAGUACAGUUCAUUGUCUUAGGUGUGCUGUUUGCAUCGUUCAUAUUGGUCUGUACAUUACUGUUCUGGCGGCAUAAGAAAUUAGGAUCUCCGGAGCCUUUUAUAUAACUGUGGAUGUUUUGCUUAUUGCACUGCGCCAUAUCCUGGAGGACUCAAAGAAUGGUAGAAUAUGCCACAGCAAAGACUGUUUGACCUGAAGCACAAGUGACCACUUCUUUGGAAAAUAAGAAGAGCGAGGGUGGAGAGCACAGUGCCUACUUUUACCAAAAGGUUUUAAAGAUUUUUUUUUUUUCCCCUCGCAACUGUAGACAUUGUCAAAGAAGAGACAAGUGAGACCCAAAAAGAGUUGGGGCAGCCACCCAUAAUUGGUUUCCUGGGUGCAAAAGAGUGAUUUUUUGUGUACAUUUGAGUAGAUUUAUGUGCAGAACAGAACUGUCUUUAUGAGGCAAAGAUGGCGGUUUUAAAGAAGAUGACAGGAAGUGAUGUCAUCUGGGCCGGAACCGUAAAGUGAUGUUGUUAGAACCAGGUGGGAUUUCCUGUAAUCUGUCUGCAUUGGAAAGAGAGAGAGGUUCAGUACACUCUGCCACCCCCUGGUCUGGAGUGGAAUCGUACUCCUUUAGGCCCAUGCACACGUGUGUGACAACAUAUUUAUGCCUUUUUAUAUUAUGUCUCUAUCAUAUAAAAAAAAAAUCUUGGGUUGAGACGUGAUUUUCUCUGAGACACUUUAGUGUCCCGCGAGAUAAGGAGGACAGCUGCUGUACAGGCUUUUAAAUGAUUGAAGUGCUGCGCAACAAACAGAUCACACGGCACAAGCAGCAGCAAGCCAGCUGAUCGUGCAUAGAGGAGGUAAAAAACAAAAAAUGGAUUUGUUUCCCAUUGUAUCACCGUUUAAGAGGGGGGUUCGGAGGGGCAAUUGCAUCUCCUUGGCAUGCGUUCAGCCCCCCUCCCUCUUCACAACUCGAGAGGCAGAGACACGAAGUGGCUAGCGCAUAGUGCGCCGCGGGGGGAGAGAGGGGGUGGGCGAGCGAAGUAUAUAGUUUUUGUUCCAAUAAAUUUUAAAUGUUUCAAAUAUAACAAGCAAGUUUGUUUUGGGGUUUUUUUUUUUUUUUUAGCCCCCUGCAGAACUGAAUCUGUGUUACUUUUCAAACCUGACAUGGAAAGUUUUUUGUUUCAUGCAAAUGUGAACAGACCAUGCUCUUUGAUAUGGGAUUAAUAAAAGCAGUGUUCUCGUUUGUGAUCCACCACCUGUUGGAAUGACAGACACGCAGGUACUUGUCCUUUUUAUUAGGGUGGCUGUUAGUCUAAUGUGGUUAAGGUCAUCUUUGCCUUGCAGUUAUUAUUGCACUGCCUAGCGGAUUUAUAUGAAACAUGAAACCACAUCCACAACGUUUUUUGAAAAUAUCCCUAACAGAAAAAAAAAAAUACACAAUUUUAAUAAUAUUUUUGAACGUAUUUUUUUACUAGAGCCAUCCGGUUGCAGAACUUGUUUAAAGCUGCUUUUGGGACACAAAGAGCCCAAUACAGUGGAAUGUGCUUUUUUGUGGAUUGAGAUGCAACAUCAAGUGUUUGAUGUGAGAGAAAGAGAGCCAUGCUGAUGCUGCAGAACUUUGAAUAUUCAUCAGAUGGCUGUUUAAAAACUCUGCAGUGGGGCCUUUAUCUAUCCAUUAUAUAGAGCAGGGGUGGUCAACUCAGGUCCAACUCAAACCACCUACACCUGAACACCAGCAAAACCAAGGAGCUGGUGGUGGAUUUUAGGAGGCCCUGACCCCUCAUGGACCCCGUGAUCAUCAGAGGUGACUGUGUGCAGAUGGUGCAGACCUAUAAAUACCUGGGAGUGCAGCUGGAUGAUAAACUGGACUGGACUGCCAAUACUGAUGUUCAGUGUAAGAGAGGACAGAGACGACUAUACUUCCUUAGAAGGCUGGUGUCCUUCAACAUCUGCAAUAAGAUGCUGCAGAUGUUCUAUCAGACGGUUGUGGCGAGCGCCCUCUUCUACGCAGUGGUGUGCUGGGGAGGCAGCAUAAAGAAGAGGGACGCCUCACGCCUGGACAAACUGGUGAGGAAGGCAGGCUCUAUUGUAGGCACAGAGAUGGACAGCUUGACAUCCGUGGCAGAGCGACGGGCACUGAGCAGACUCCUGUCCAUCAUGGAGAAUCCACUGCAUCCACUAAACAGGAUCAUCUCCAGACAGAGGAGCAGCUUCAGCGACAGACUGCUGUCACCGUCCUGCUGCACUGACAGACUGAGGAGAUCGCUCCUCCGCCACACUAUGGGACUCUUCAAUUCCACCCCGGGGGGUAAACGUUAACAUUAUACAAAGUUGUUGUCUGUUUUUUACCUGCAUUAUUAUCAAUCUUUAAUUUAAUAUUGCUUUUUGUAUCAGUAAGGUGCUGCUGGAG